UUCUCCCGAGGUCCCUCAGUCCGCGCAUGCGUCGUUGCGUCCGAGUGCUGUCUCCCCCGCCCAGUGUAAGAUGGUGGCCGUCUGGCUGUAAGAAACUAGCGAAGGCCGAGCAGUCACACCCUCAGUCAGAGCCGGAGGAGGAGGAGUUCCCCGGCCGCCAUUACUCUCCCAGACGCACACGGAGCUGAAGAGGCGGUGCGAGCCGGAUACACAGAUAUUGGCACCCCGGAGAUUUUAAUUUCGCAUUUAAGUUAUUAUAUAAGCCUGGACAUUUUUUUUUGUUUCCUGCGUUUUUUUUUUUUUUUUCUUUUGGGGAACCCGUAAAGAUGUCCCGCAGCCCCGUUGUGAAGGAAGACCCUGUGGAAUGCCCCCUUUGCAUGGAGCCCUUAGAGAUCGACGACAUCAACUUUUUCCCUUGCACAUGUGGCUACCAGAUCUGCCGGUUUUGUUGGCACCGUAUACGCACAGAUGAAAACGGGCUGUGUCCCGCUUGCAGAAAGCCAUAUCCAGAAGACCCAGCAGUGUACAAACCACUCUCACAAGAAGAACUGCAGAGGAUAAAAAACGAAAAAAAGCAGAAACAGAACGAGCGGAAACAGAAAAUCUCAGAGAACCGCAAACAUCUAGCAAGUGUGCGGGUCGUGCAGAAAAACCUAGUGUUUGUAGUGGGGCUUUCACAGCGACUAGCAGACCCCGAGGUUUUAAAACGGCCAGAAUACUUUGGGAAAUUUGGGAAAAUACACAAAGUUGUUAUCAACAACAGCACGUCCUAUGCAGGCUCACAGGGUCCAAGUGCCAGUGCAUAUGUUACGUACAUUCGGUCAGAAGAUGCACUCCGAGCCAUACAGUGUGUCAACAAUGUGGUAGUAGACGGGAGAACGCUAAAGGCGUCGUUAGGAACGACAAAGUACUGCAGCUACUUCUUAAAAAAUAUGCAGUGUCCAAAGCCAGACUGUAUGUAUCUGCACGAAUUGGGGGACGAGGCGGCGAGUUUCACAAAAGAGGAAAUGCAGGCAGGGAAACAUCAGGAAUACGAACAGAAGCUGCUACAAGAUCUCUACAAAUUAAAUCCAAACUUCUUGCAGAUAUCUACGGGUACAGUGGACAAAAACAAGAACAAAGUGACAGCGCUACAGAGGUAUGAUGUACCCAACAGUAAUAACAAAGACGCCUGGCCGUCCUUGCAGAACUUAAACAGAUCAGCCAAUGGCCUUGGACUGGAGCACAGGAAGUCGCCUCCUAUUUUAGACAAUGGCCUAGAUCCUGGCCACAUGACUCCGGACGGUCCCGACUCAGACUUUGGGCUGUUUUGGGAAUCCGCUGAACACAAUGUUGCCAAUUUUAGCAGUGUGAUAGAGGACGAUACAAGUUCCGUCGACAAAUCUUCAGAGUCGUUAAGUAUAGGCAACGGAGAUAACAUGCAACAGAUAUUAACAAGCGAUUCGCCGUCACCACCGCCAGGAUUAUCUAAGCCAAAUCCCUCUGUCCCUAUCAGCUCAGCCAAUCACAGCGCACGGUCUCCAUUUGAAGACGCCAUGUCAGAAUCACAGUCUUUGUUCUCGGACAAUUUCCGGCACCCAAAUCCCAUCCCCAGCGGCCUCCCUCCCUUUCCCAGUUCCCCACAGACGUCCAGCGAGUGGCCAACAGCUCCAGAACCACAGAGUCUCUUCACAUCAGAAACGAUUCCCGUGUCGUCCUCUACAGACUGGCAAGCGGCCUUCGGCUUUGGCUCGUCUAAACAGCAAGAGGAUGACCUGGGUUUCGACCCCUUCGAUAUCACCCGCAAAGCCUUAGCAGACUUGAUCGAGAAAGAACUGUCUGUCCAAGAUCAGCCCUCCCUUUCACCCACGUCCGUUCAGAACCCGAAUCCUCACCUCGCCCCCAAAGGCCCCAGCUUGGGCUUCCUCCAUCCCACCACCAACUCCAACUCCAUCUCCAGCACCUUCUCAGUUUUGCCUCAGAGGUUCCCACCCUUUCAACACAGAGCCGUUUACAAUUCGUUCAGUUUUCCUGGGCAGGCAGCACGGUAUCCCUGGAUGGCCUUUCCACGCAAUAACAUCAUGCACUUGAAUCACACGGCAAACCCAACAAACAGUAAUUACUUGGACUUGUCACAUCCCCCUCAGCACAACACAGGCCUAGGAGGCAUCACUGUAGCAGACCACAGCAAUUCAAUAGAGGGUUUAAAUAUGAAGGAAUGGCAGGACGGGCUAAAGGCACUUCUACCCAACAUUAACAUCAACUUUGGCGGGCUUUCCAAUGCUUCUACCCCCAACGCCACCCACAGUGCACCAACGUCCAACACUGCCACCACCAACAGCUUGAACUGGGACAGCUCUGGCCGCUGGAUGGAUCCCGCCAUUAUCUCAGGCAUCCCAUCAUCCACAGGAAAUGGUUUAGAGUCUUUACAAGAUGACAAUCCACCCCACUGGUUAAAAUCACUGCAAGCCCUCACAGAGAUGGACGGCCCCAGCAGUUCCCUACCCCCCCACCACCCACACAAUAACCUCUUCAGCGCACAGAUACCCCUACACAGAGGCAACUGGAGCCCUUACCCUCCCCCAUCAAAUCCAGCCAGUUUCCACUCCCCACCACCCGGCUUCCAGACAGCUUUCAGACCCCCAACCAAAACACCUACAGAUCUACUACAGAGCUCCGCCCUGGACCGUCAUUAAAUCUAAGGAACAGUUAGAUCUUUGGGAAUUGGCCCCUGACUCCUCAGUCCAAAAAUUCAGUCCUCCGUGUUUUUCCCCCCUCUCAUACCGCCCUUCUCCUCCAAUCCCUUUCCAAUGUAUUUCAGGAAUCUUGGUUUCCGAGCCGACGCCCUCCCUCGAAGCUCGGCACGCCAAGACUAUCCCCUAAUUACUGCGGUGACAACCUGAUUUUAAUGAACUGUCCGUCAACCGUUGCCACGACAACCCGCAACUGAUCUUCCCUCGAAUCACGAAACAAAUGAAUUUCUAACAGGCGAUAUAAAAGAAAAAAAAAAGAGGAGAGUGGAACCAAAUUUCGGCUUGGACAGCGACUAAUUUCAGUUUGCUGCAUGAAAUGUUUUUGUUUCUUAAAAGCCAGAAUUAAGCUUAACGUCUUUGUGAUUGGACGACGCUCGGAGAACUAGCCAAUGAUACAAUCGUUAGGGACAAAGAAGUAGAAAUCGAAUGUGAUCCGUAAGCAACGCGCUUCUCUAUGGUGCCAAUUAGCACCAACUGAUUGAAAUAUUUUUGGUUUCCCCUCCUCGUUUUUUUUUUUCCGUAGGUUCAAAGAGGCCGACGCUCCUUUAUGUCAUUUUUCCGGACCAAAGGGGCUGGAUUUAUUCACAUAUCAUUUAAACCCUCCUCUUUUUCAAAGCCAAAGGGGUGGAAACGAUGUGCCGAUACGGCAGUCGUUUCCUUCAAUUCACCAACUUCUUCUUUUUUUUUUUGUUGUCGAUUGUUUUGCACACGUUGAGCAGUAGGCCAACCAUUUAUUUGAGGUACUACUGAAGAGCUGCCAUAUUGAUCCUAAUGCCAUCCAGAGUUGGGACAUAUUUUUGAGUAGUUACCUGGUCUCUGCUUCUAAAGUUCCAUGAAUUUCGGGUCAGGUUUGUAAACUCAUGUUUUUUUGGCCGUUCCUGAUUAUACAAAUUGGUCCUGGAAAAGCUUUGAUGUCUAUGGACAACAUUAGCGGCCUGCGAUCUUCUAAAGCUCCCAACCCCUUCCGUACCCUUUGCCUGGACCCACAGCCGAAACCAUCACCGUCUCCGGAAGUCUUGCACAGAACUGGAAUAAUCUCAAUAUUGGGAGGAGGAGGAGAAGUUCUAACAAAUAAAAUGGGAGAGGGAAAUCAAAUGAAUAAACAUGGUUAUAACCCGAAGCUAAAAAAAAACAAAUACCCCAAAGCCGGAAAAAUGUACCUCUGUCUUCAGAAUGAAAACUAAAAUCUUAAAUAAAACAGAAAACUUGAUGAUAAAA